AUGGGCCUGAGCUCUUCCAAGGCGCACCCCAAGGUGACCAGGGUGGCACCGAUGCUCUCCAGCGAGGACCUGCCCGCUCGCCCCAUCCCACACCCUGCGGUGCUGGGGGGGCCCAUCCUGCGCCCGCCGGCCGUGGGGGAGUGGGGAACCCCCACAUUUCAUGGGCAGCUCCCCCCUCUCCGCAACACCUCCUACGGGAGGGCCUCCACAGGGCCCCUUUCCUUCGACACCGUGCCGGCAGAUGAAGGCAGCAGCAUCAUCAAACUGCACCCGCCUCGGCGACCACAAAGGCUUGAACCUGCCGGCCCUCCAUGGGGGAUUGCUCCUGCAAAGCCCUGGAGUCAGCACGACGUGGAUGCAGCCCCAAAAGCCAAGGCUCUGGAGAAGAGCGGGCAGAGCCUGAGAGCCCUCCCUGGCAGGCGGCAGCACUUGCACAAGCUGCAGAUGCUGGAGCUGACCCGCCAGCGCCGAGAGGCAGAGCUGAAGCGAAAUCUCCACAGGGAGGCAAAAAUCAAUAAACAAAAAAUCAAGGAAUUCAGCCCGAAGAAAGUCCUUGACACUCGCCAGAGAGGUGACAGUACCGGCAGCCGAGACCUUGUCCCCGCUGAGCACAAUCAGCAUUUUAAUGGAGACCCUGGAAACAGAGGGGAUGGAGGACUCUCAGGGCAGCACGAUGGCAAGGUCGGGCUGUGGCUCUGCAGGGAGCCGCGCACCAGGGACCUGCUCUGGGACACCUCCAGCACCGACUCGGGGGGCUGCGAGAGGGAAGAGAGGAAACUUCACCGCAAACCUGCGCUGGUGAGGACCAGGACGGAGAGAGUUUCUCUCUUCGACGAGUUCUUCGAUACAGAUUUCUAG